AUGAAUAACGAUGCGUAUACUGCAAGUCGGUCGAUAGCCAAUCCGGACUAUUCGGAAGUGAUGAUAUUUGAUAGUCAUUCGAAACCUAGAGAAGAAAGAGAUUAUAAAGAAAUUUAUCCUGAUUUGGAUGAGCAGAAUCAACUAAAGGUUUUUAUAUUGGAUAAUGAAACGACAGACAACCAUGCUAAUAAUAUUAGAUCAGGAAACCAAGGUUAUAUUGUUGAUUUGAAGAAGCCUGUAUUUAAAAAACUCGAUAGUGAAGCAACUAAUACAUCACAUCAGAAAUAUAGUAAGGCGUUAACUGAAUAUGGAUAUCAAGAACCAAAUAAAGCAAAUUCAAUUAAAGAUUUAUCAUUUAUACGGCCAUUUCAGGUAAAUUCCAACUCGACCUUGACUGAUGUCUCGGAGACUGUUGAGGCUUUAGUUGAGAAAAGAAAGAAGUUGGUGGAAUAUGAUAUGGAUGAACAGGAUUAUUUAUAUUUGAAGGAGAGAAAUGAAAACCCCAAAAACAUUAUAAAGAUCAUUCCGGAAGUAUUUGAAAUCAUGAUGACAACGUUGGAGCUUGAAUGGGAUAAACUCGAUCAUCAAAUGAAUUCCAUUGUAUCCAAUAUGAAUGAUUCAGAAGUGGAUGAUCCUAAUAAGCUAUUAUCAUUGGAUUAUAGCAACAUAGAAAAGUAUGGAACCGACGAUGGGAUUAUUCCAGGUUCAAUCUAUGAUCAAAAGUGUGCUGUCUGUGAUGAUAGUGAUUGUGAUAAUUCAAAUGCAAUUGUAUUUUGUGAUGGCUGUGAUAUAGCUGUUCAUCAAGAAUGUUACGGUAUUGCUUUUAUUCCAGAAUGCCAAUGGUUAUGUCGUAAAUGUAUGAUUAAUAAAAACAGGAACACUGACUGUGUCUUUUGUCCAAGUAAGACUGGUGCUUUUAAACAAUUGGAUAACAGUUUAUGGAGUCAUGUUAUAUGUGCACUUUGGAUAAAUGAAUUAUAUUUUGCCAACCCAAUCUAUAUGGAACCUAUUGAAGGGAUGGAUUUGAUUCCAAAAAGUAGGUGGAAGCUAACCUGCUAUAUCUGCAGGCAAAGAGUUGGAGCUUGUAUUCAAUGUGUUAAUAGAAAUUGCUUUCAAGCCUACCAUGUCACUUGUGCCAGAAGAGCCGGUCUCUACAUGGAAUUGACAAAGGGUGUUCAAGGUGCUAUUAAUAAUAAAAAUACUUUGAAGACAUUUUGUGAUAAACAUGGUCCUGGUGAUUAUGACUCUAGUACCAUCUUGCAGGGUAUUCAACGGACUAGAAUGUUUUAUCGUGAUACUAAAAUCCUUAAUGAAGAAAAUGUUAAGUUGAACAACAAUAAGAAAAUUGCCAACAAAUUAAAUAUUUUUAAAUGGCAAACUGAAAGCAAUACUCCUAUAGCUCCUAAGGUGUUUAGUGAUGUUUUAUUUGAUAUUUUAAGACUGUUGAAAGUUGAAAAUCAAGUAUUUCUACCUGAUCAAAGCAAUAAUCAAGUAAAGACUUUAAACAGAUUACCAAACAGAACUAAAUAUGAAACUUGGGACGAGUUAAGAGAAAUAUGUAACGAAAUCUGUCGUUAUUGGUGUUUGAAGAGAGAACAAAAGAACGGAGCUCCUUUAAUAAGGAAGAAUAAUAACUUGAUAUCUACUAGUUCCAUUCUUUAUAAUAAUAUUGAUAACUCGUUGGUUAAUGAUGAAUAUGAGUUGGCUGGUGUUAAUAGCUUGGAAGAGUUAAAAGAACGUAUUGAUUUUGCUACUAUUCUAGUUAACGACUUAGAAAAGGUUUUUCAAUUGGGUAACUACACUUUACAAAGACAACUACUUAUUAAAGAUAUUAAUGAAGUAGACUUCAAAAUGAUUGAUUCAAUAUAUUUUCCCAUUAAAAAGGUUAUAGAGUAUUUUUUGGAUACAAUUAAUGGAAAAUUUGAUGAAAGUAAGGUACUCCAAAAUUAUAAAUUAAAAGGGGGAAUUCUUGAUGACAAUUCAACUGAAAGCAUUACAUUCCAAAACACUUCUGCGUUGAAGCAUAUGCACGGGUCUUAUGAUUUUCAAACUAAAAUGCUUAAUUCAGAGCCAGGUGUGAACGCGGAACCAAGAGGUACUACAUCGCCGCCAAUACCAGAAAAAUUUGGAAUGAAUAAUAUUAUUCAGAAAAAUUUGAGUUAUGGUUAUUCGUCCGUCGGAGAAUUCCAGGUUGAUAUCGAAAAGCUUAAUGUUGUGAUUACAUUAAACAAUAAGCCAGGAUCUCUCAUCGUCAAGGUUAUGAAGAAAUGGAUGAAAGAGUUUUACAGGGUAUUGCCAGAAUUAAUAAUUUGUGAAAUUAAAGUUUUAGAAAGAGGUGCUGGCAGUAAAUUGGAAAAUCAAAACAAAAACACUGUAAUUGAUUUUGAAAAUCUACCAUUUUUGGAUGUUAUUGGAUCUAAAGCAUAUUCCUUGGCCAAUGACGAUGUUGACAUGGAUCUUGACGACUUAACUGAUGUUGAAGAUGAAUUUGCAAAGGACGAACAGUAUCAGAUACAGCUUGAGAAGUUUCUUUAUGAUGUUUUGGCAAAUUAA